UUUCGACUCCGGUGGUGGUGCUGGUUUUUCACCGUCCUCCAAAUUAUUUACAGCCUUGCAUGUGGUUUUUAUCUUCUUGUGCACAGGCGGUUUAUCCUUUCUUCUAUGCGUUGCCACUGUAUUAUAUCAUCCCGCAACCACUCCUGCAUUGUGCUAGGAAUACAACAUAGUCGUGGUAAUGCUUGACGUAGUGGUCCACCUUGUAUUCAGAAAGCGCAACCUCGGCUUCCACCAGCGGAUGUUACCUUUUUACAAUUACAUUUGCAAAGCGAUCACAGCAGCACAUAGCCGCUUCAUUUCGAAAUAUUCAUAACACACCAUGAUCCCGGGCAUCUCAGUCCUUUUGAUUCUCGUCACCUAUUGCUACCCACUCUACGAGACGAUUCUCUGUUUGCGCCCUCUUCUUCUGGCGACGAGCAACACAAAGCUGAGUUCCAGCUCUUCCACUUCCGGUCCUUCACUUGACGCAGCACAAGAGGGUGGCACUAGUGGUACUACACUAAAUACUCCUCCAAGAAUUCCUGCUCAGACGAUCAUAAUAACGGACGCUCAGAAGCACUGGUUGUUCUACUGGGUUUUGUUCGGCUUGUACCAGCAAAUUGUGGACCCGGUGCUGCGUUGCGUCGACUAUCUGAUACCGAUCCUGCCCGACGAGCUGCAAUUUCUCCUCUUCCUGUGGCUCGUUCAUCCGCAGUCGAGCGGGGCGGGGUUUCUGUGGGAAAUGUACGUAGAAAGACAUACGAUGCGGCUGUUUAGGUGACGAGGGGGCGGGUUGAGAUGGAUUCUUUGUGGUGGUCGUGGUUGCAGAGAAGAAUCAUUUCGGCUUGAGAAGAUCAAGAUGUUGACUCUUUGUGUCGCAUUCAUGAUGAAUGGUAAUGUCCACUGAGGAUUUGCAUGAACAACCCGUAUGGCAAUUCCAACAAGAUACAAAUUCACGCGCUGAUGCGCGACAUUGUGAAAGGUUGGAAAUUUAGAUUUUCAAACGGUCGAC